AUGCCUCCACCAAAAUCCAAGGGCGGGCGGAUGCUCGGGCUGAUCAACUGGCGACUGAAGGUCACGAUAAACGACGGCCGGUCAUUAACAGGGCAGAUGCUCGCGUUUGACCGCCACAUGAAUCUUGUUCUGGCCGACUGCGAGGAAUUCAGACGCAUCCGGCCAAAAAAGAAGCCGGGGGAGGAGGCUGCGCCUGAGCAGGAGAUCAAACGAACUCUAGGACUUGUUAUCUUGCGGGGGGAGACUGUCGUGAGCAUGAGUGUUGAAGGCCCGCCGCCUGUAGUUGAAGACGACAAAAAGAACGCCCUCCCCGCCGGACCUGGACGCGGUAUGCCUGCUGGGCGUGGGAUGGGUAUGAUGCCGCCGAUGGGGGGAAUGCCGCCAAUGGGAGGUCGUCCGCCAAUGCCUUUUGCGCCAGGAAUGCCGGGACCACCGCCUGGCUUCAGACCUGGCUUUCCUCCAGGCAUGCCUUUCCCUGGUGCUCCCCCAGGCUUCCAGCCUCCACAAUAA